AUGGAGGACGUGAAGAGGAGAAGACGACCGACACGAACCCGGACAGCUUUGAGAGCUGAUACACCGUUGGAGAGCUGCUGCGAAAGGGAGGCUGCGGUUCGGUCUACGAAGGCGUCCGUUGCCAUCAAAUACGUGGUGAAGGAUGAGCACCUCAGAUUUACCAGGAUUCCGGGCGAGACAGAGUUGCUCCCCGUCGAGGUGGCCCUGAUGCGCAUGGUGUCCAGGCCGCCCGCCAGCCCGUACAUGCUGAAGCUCCUGGAGUGGUUCGACACGCCCGAGCGCUGCAUCCUGAUCCUGGAGCGGCCCGUCCCCUGCGUAGACCUCUACCAGCUGAUGCGCAAGACGGGCAGGCUGAGGAUGUGGUUCGCUCGGCACGUAAUGCGGCAGGUUGUCCAGGCGACGCUCCACUGCCGCGACCGCGGGGUCUUGCACAGGGACAUUAAGCGCCAGAAUGUCCUUCUGAACACAGAGACGCUGGAGGUGAAGCUGAUCGACUUCGGAUGCGGCGACCUGUUGAAGGACACUCCGUACUACACGUAUUCAGGCACGUGGGAAUACUCGCCACCCGAGUGGAUAACCAAGCAGAAGUACUAUGGCUGCCCUGCGACCGUCUGGAGUCUGGGCGUACUGCUGUUCGUCUUGGUUUGUGGACGCCUGCCAUUUCGGUCUAGGAAGGAGAUCACCAAAGGGCAUCUAGUGUUCAAACCUGGUGUGUCUCAUGGUGAAGUGAGUCUAUCAAGGAGCGAAUCGUGAUGCCUCAAAAAGAAGCCCAGCAAGCGUCUCACCCUCGGGCAGAUCCUCCUGCACGAGUGGUUCAAUGAGUAACCCGAAGACUAGGUCCAGACGGUGUAGAUCUUUACACUCGUACUGGCGGCUGCAAAAAAGAGGGAUCUGCGCGUCUUCCACCGAAGGUACGACCGGCUGAUACAGAUGCUGUUGAAUCGGACUAAUCGGAUGUGGGCUGAAGUGGAGCUGGCGCAGAUCGGGAUCCAGCACGUCGACUUUAUGGACAUCGUCUUUGAGCUGGUGCUGCUGGGAAUUCUGGGAAGAGCGAGGGUGCAUCAGAUCAUCACAUUGACGCAGUACCAAAGACGAAGGCUCUUUCUGGACCGGCUGAUUGCUCUCAUCUAUUCGUGUUUCGCCCAGAUGGACUGAACGGCAGUACACGGAGCAUUAUUUAUUCCAUCUUCAGACUGAGAUGCUGAGCUUCCUGGAUGAAAUCUUCACUCUGGACGAGUCUUUGUAUGCAGAACCUGAAGCCCUGGCUGCUGCACUGGAGACACUUUUAUGGCGGAGCCUCCGACAGUUUUAUGAAAGUUUGUGUACCUGUGGAGGUGCGUCAGGACACACGACAUGGGCUGCGUGUGAAGAUACCACCGAUGUGGAAGCAUGUAUUGGGAUUUCUGAUAGAUGUGCUGCCAUUAAGACGACGUCUUUACAUCAAAACAAUGCUGGACGACUUUGUGGACCAGAUCCAGAUGUGUAAAAAGCUGAUGUUCUGUGAAAAUGUAAUAAAAAGAAGA